CACCUGUAGUCAAACCAACAUGUGAAAUAUCAGAGCAGCCAAUGGUGUAUGAAGACCCCUAUGAAGUCUCUGUUAAGUACAUGGAGAAACAUAAUAUUCUGCAGAUAUUUCAGGAUAUCACAGAAAAACUGGUGUAUGAGAAGCCUGAUGACCCUUUGCAGUUCAUGUUGCUGCAGGUGCAGUCUAUGAUAAAUGCCCGGCAGGCAGAAAUGGAGGGAAUAUUGGAUGAGAGCAAAGAUAGAGAGGAGUUUCUGGAACAAGUCCUGUGCACUCCUUUUGGCCCCUACUGACCUUGCUAUUGUGAUGUUGCACAUGGCCUUUGCAGCAUCCUGCUUUUGCAACCAGUGGAAGUAACUUUGGAAAUGUCUGCUGGUAUCUC